AUGGACAGCAGCCUUCAUGUCACCAGUGGAAUAUCGUCCUCGUUCACAGUAACCUACCUGCCUUCGUCCAUGACCACGUCUCAGUCCGCCUCCUGGUACACCGACCUGCCUUCCGUGUCUGACCACAUCAUCUGCCUCGGUCCCUCUGGCUUCCUCUGGCUUCUCUGGCACCAGACCCUCCGCCUGUCCCCGACGUUCCCUUUGCCUAUCCCUUGUCGGCUGCCUUCGACCGUGGAGCAUGGUGCUGCUGAUGCAAAGUCACUGUAUGGAAAUCAGGACUCACUCCAACAGAGUCACAGAGCCGUGUCUUUACACUCAGAGGUUUUUGUACGACGACUCAACCACUUUGUAUCACUGUGGUACACGUUCGGUGGAGGAACCAGACUGGAGGUUGGAAGUGAUGUCCGUCCCACCCUGACGGUGCUGCCCCCCUCCAGAGAGGAGCUGCAGCAGGGGAAGGCCACGCUCAUGUGCCUGGCCAACAAGGGCUUCCCCUCAGACUGGAGUCUGUCCUGGAAGGUGAACGACGGCAGCAACAUCAGCAGCAGCUGGGAGGAGAGCAGGAGCCCCGCGGUGCUGCAGAAGGACGGCCACUACAGCUGGAGCAGCACCCUGAGGCUCCCUGCAGACCAGUGGAGGAAGGUGAACUCUGUGACCUGUGAGGCCACCCAGGGCUCCCAGUCUGCACUCUCACACACACUGAGGACACACCAGUGUUCCCAGUACUGAGCCCACUCACUGGGGAUCACCUACUGCUCUGACUCUGCUCAUCAGCUCACUCUGUCUCUCCAACUCUCUGGCUUUGUGUCAUUUCAACACUUUGAACAGCAAACAUUUUCAGGCUUCUCUCACUGCUGCAAUAUUGGUUCAGUGUUUGACCACAAAUAAACGUCUGUACAUCAAACCUGCUGUUUUUCUCUUCA